AUGGCCUCCGCUGCGCUCACCAACAUUCCACUCGCGUCACUGCCCCGGAUUUCCCAGGGCAAAGUUAGGGAUCUUUUUCCUCUUCCUGACAUGGGAGAGAAUCCCACCCUUCUUUUCGUCACCUCGGACCGCAUCAGCGCAUAUGACGUCAUCCUCAAGAAUGGCAUUCCCACAAAGGGCGCCAUCUUGACUCUGCUGUCGGCCAAAUGGUUUGAGGUGCUCUCGUCCCGCGUGCCGGGUUUGAAGCAUCAUUUUCUCCAUCUGGGCCCGCCCGCAUCGUGCGGCCUGACCGCCGACGAGCAGCAGAUGCUGCGCGGGCGGUCGAUGACUGUCCGUCGGCUCAAGAUCUUCCCUAUUGAGGCGAUCGUGCGCGGGUAUGUCACGGGCAGCGCUUGGGCAGAGUACGAGAAGACCCAGACCAUCCACGGCCUACCGCAACCUGCCGGGCUCAAGCGCUGCGAGCGCCUUCCCCAGCCGAUCUACACACCCUCGACGAAAGCGGAGCUGGGAGACAAGGACAUCAACAUCUCGCCGGACGAGGCUAGAGGCAUCGUCGGCGACAAGUAUGCCUCGCGUAUCGAGGAGCUAGCCUUGGCUUGCUACAAGGCCGGAGCCGCCUAUGCAGAGGAGCGCGGUAUCAUUAUCGCCGAUACCAAGUUCGAGUUCGGGCUCGACGAGGAGACCGACGAGAUCUACCUCGUCGAUGAGGUCCUCACUCCUGACUCCUCCCGAUUUUGGAGCAAAGCAGACUACCAAGUGGGCCGCGAGCAGGAUUCUUUCGACAAGCAGGUUCUGCGAAACUGGUUGACAGACAACGGCUUGAAGGGUAAGCCCGACGUAGAAAUGCCUCCCGAGGUCGUCGAGAAGACAAAGGGGAGGUAUACCGAGGUCUUCAAGCUCAUGACAGGAGAGAGUUUGGAAGAUGCGCUGGCGAGGGUGGCUCACUAAGCAUCCGCGGCCGUUCUUCCUUUUUUGGAAAGUUUCGCCAAAAUAAAAUUAAAAAGAAAAUCAC